AUGUCCAAAACCUGGAGGAAAAGAUCGCAAGACUGGAAACCUCCCUUCUUCGCUCCGGGCUCAUACAAGAUCAAGAUGGCCACAAAGGCACUCGGCCCGACCUCUACUUUUGGGUCUAGUGAUGUACGCCCAUUGGAACAUACAGUCAGACGAUCCACUACACCCCUGCCACCUACUGGAGAACCCUCGAUUGGAGCAAACAGUCAAGCAUCAACUGCUCCCCGAGGGAGUUUCUUCGAGUUCCUCCCAGACGAAAAUAUUGUGAGACGGCAGCGUGCCCAACUUCGCCGUGGUCCGUUCAUCUGUGCUAUCUUUACAGACCUCCCGCCAAAGGUCCACCUUCAAUCACUGUUUGAGGUAUCCUACAACGAGAUUAACUGCCAGUGGCCACUAUUCAAUCCAUCUAAUUUGGUAACACUCCUGGAUGAGCAAUACGCAAGUGAUGCUUCUUCACUUGACAAAAACAUUGCACGCUGGGGUUUUCUGAACACCGCAGUGGCGAUUGCAAUUCAGUCCCGCGCAGCCGAGGAUUCAUAUAGUGAAAUGAUAGAUCUGUCAUGGCACUUCUUUAAAAAUUCGUUCGGUGUCCUUCCAGCAAUUGUCUCCCGGGGAACAGAUAUCCUGGCCCUGGAAGCAGUUCUUGCUAUGGCCCUGUUCAUGCAAGGAUCAAGUGAUUCACGCACAACAUCGCUUCUAAUCUCUGAGGCCGCGAAACUAUCCUUAACACUUGGGUUUCACAGAAGCUCUUUCUACACGAACAUGAACCCAAAUACUGCCGAGCGCCACAAGCGUGCGUUUUGGAUUACAUAUAUACUAGACAAAGAUAUGUCCAUCAAAACUGGAAUGCCGUCCACUUACAACGAUGAUGAUAUCAGUCUUGGGUAUACAACUUCGGAUUCGCUCGGCUGCCCUGGGAAGGUUGUUGUCUCAGAAGUGUGUGUGGAAGCCACCAUUUUUCGACUGCGGGCUCAGUUGGCCGUGAUCGAAUCAAAGAUUCAGAAUCAGUUGUAUUCUGAAAAGAGCACUAAGUGCAGUGCAACCCAGCUUUUGCAAGUAGUCGUGGAGCUGGAGUACCGGCUUGAGGACUGGAAGGCACACGUCCCUUUAAAUAUACAGCCAGGCAACAUCGAUUGGUCGACCGUCAUUCCGCCAAGGGAGCCUAUCAUUUUAUUACAUCUUGUUUACUAUCGCGCUAUGAGCGCAGUUCACAGUUUCGCGGCGCACCUCAUGCCAACUAAUGAUCUCGACUGCCUUUCACAAUCCAUUUCCUCAGAGAUCAUUCACACGAGUAUGGCCCAAGAAUCAGUUCGCCUGCUCCAGUUUUUACCACCCCAAGCACCAGGAUGUCUCUGGCAGAUCUUGUUCUAUCCUUUGUCUGCGUGUAUUGCCCUAGUAGCAACUUUACUCAGACACCCCACCGAUGUGCGAGUACGAUCCCACUUGAGACACAUUGGUGAUUUUGUCAAGUUUCUGACCAACGCCCAAAAACGUGGAGGGCUCGACGUGGCGCACAUGUUGCAUCUGUGCACGGAAUUAGAGAAGCUUGCAGUCGAUACAGUCAUAACAGAGACAAAUGUCCCUCGAUCAGCAGAACUUUCAGGCAGUGGUUGUCCCACUAGCUUACAUGCAAAGGCCCAAAGGCUUGCAUCACAGCCAGCCUUGUACGGCAACCAUAUGCAUCUCGCACAGGGCCUGAUGGGUAACAUGCCAACCUUACAGGCUCUUGCUGCUAAUGUCUUCUUCGAUAUACUUCCCGUUGAACCAAAGCCAAGCACGUGUACGGGGGUACUUGGACCUGCGUUGCUAAACCCAGAAACCUACCAAUUUGUCUUUACUGAAGUAUUCCACGAGACAUGCGGCACUCAGAGUCGGUUCACCUUCGGAUGGUAA